GUUGAUCCAUAUAGAGGCAGACAUACAACUGCCGUAGAAGGAAGCAGAACGUACGGAGGGCACGUGAAGGCAACAACACAUGAACACACACUUGUGUAUGACGGAAAGCAGUGAGUGGGUGCGCACUGCUGUAAACCAUGGUGUAAACCAGAUUUUGGGAUGGCAAAGUUGAACUUUUCGGUCUAAAAGACCGCAAGUCGAUGGGAAACUAGUUAAACUGCCAUGGGGACACGGUGGUCUCGCAGCGAGAGCAGCCUGUCGCUCCUCCCGGAGAGGCAGAGCUCAGUGCGGCAGGGAGAGGACCAGGACUCCGAUAACGACUCUCUGGACGGACUCGUGCGGCGCGAGGACAUAGCUCAGUUCCCCUACGUGGAAUUCACUGGCAGGGACAGCAUAACGUGUCCGACGUGCCAAGGCACCGGGCGAAUACCCUCAGGUCAAGUGAAUGAACUGGUAGCAUUGAUCCCAUACAGCGACCAAAGGUUACGACCCCAAAGAACGAAGCUGUAUGUGGUCCUGUCAGUCGUCUUGUGCCUCCUUGCUUCCUCCCUCGUGGCCUUCUUCCUCUUCCCUCGCUCUGUGAUCGUGGUGGAUGAUGGGAUUCACUCUGUGUCGGUGCGCUUUGACCACUCCGAAAAUAAAGUCCUAAUGAACAUGACGAGCACUCUGAACCUGAGCAACCCGAACUUCUUCUCGGUGCUGGUGCAGAGUGUGAGCUGUCAGGUCCUCUACAUGAAGAUGGUGAUCGGAAACCAGCAGCUGAACAACGUCACCACCAUCCAGCCGCUCAGCCAGAGACAGGUGAACUACACGGUCAGUGUGGAGAUCGGGAGCGGUGCCCCCUACGUCUACGCCUUCUGUACCAUGCCCAGCAUUAAAGUCCACAACAUUGUCGUUUCUAUGCAAACCACGGUAAAAACCUCAUACAUGGUGCGGACGUCCCAGAACAGCCUGGAGGCGUACCGCUACAUCGACUGCGGCUCCAACACCACGCGCACCAAGCAGCACAGGCUCCCCUCCUCAGUCCACACACCCCCCCUCAGCGCCCCGCUGCUGUGAGGUUAGGCUGCAUACUCCAGGAUGCUUUAAGCCGACCACCAGCAGAACCCAUCAGACGCUGCUCUCUCUUGAUUUUGCAGUAAGCAGCUGAUAACUCGUGCCAUUUAACGAUGUCGCCGGCCAACAGGCGACUGAAUGUGUGAGGCGUGGAUAUUUCCUGCCCUUUUUGGGGGAUUGUUUUUACUUGCGUUAGCAGGGAUGAUUAUUGUCUAAUGCAAUACGAGUAAAAAAGGUUGACUUCUCAAACUUGCUGACAGGAUGAGUCACAUGUUCAGCUGCUGAUAGGAGUGACUAAUUGAACGUCAAGCACUCUGUGUCCCAGCAGGACAGAGAAAGCUCUUUCUUUAAAGGGAAUGGCUGACAUUCCCAGCCGACAAAGGCAUUUAGCUUUAAUUAACACUGCGUGGUUGUGUGCUGUCGUACUAUGGGAGCGUUCUGCAGCGGAGCUUUAAUGGCUUUGUGGUGUUACACUGUUAGGCUGGAGUGAAGGAGGCCGAUUGCUGUUUUCUGUUUGGGAUUAAAUGCGACAACAGAAGGGAAACCUUAAUGAUUUAAUGUUUUGCACCUUUAAACCAGGACCUAUUGUUAGAAGUAUUACUUUUGCUGUGUUAUUUAACUUAAACGGAAGCUAAAAAAUGGCAUUUAACAUAUCACAGAUGAUUUUAAGGAAUUUAUAUGUUAUUUUUGUUAGCUCUGAGCACAGCAGGUGUAAGCAUACUGAUUUUAGAUUCAGAGCAGAGUAGUGUCACAGAGAGGACUACUGCUCUCAGGUUAUUACUGAAGCUAAUACGGAGGCCCUGAGAUGGAAGUGGGUAAUAAAAAUCCAGUAAUCAGUAAAAAAAACUGUAUCCAAGAACAGGUGAUUAAUAUGUUUUUCAUUUGUGAAACGGGUGGGGCAAUGCAGUUUUGCCAGGUGAAGAAAAACAUUUGCAACAAUAACUAUUCUGUUAUUUUCUUUUAAAUCUCAAAAGCGUUUGAAAGUUAUCAACGUGUAUUGUAAUAUUAAUUUCAAUGUGCUUUUAUUUUUCUUCCUCGAUUAAAAUAUAUAUCUAGCCAAUAGAAGAAUCAUGACAGUAAUGGCACACAAUCUUUUUAGUAGUGCAACUCACCCUCUUGUUGUCAAAAUCAGUAUUACAACAACAAAACCAUUUUUUAUUCACCUGCCAACUUUAUUCCCCACCUGUUCAUAGAUCCUUUUAAAAAAACAAAGUUUUUAAAAUAUUAUCCCAGCAAUGUUUUUAUCAGAUGCUUUUAAAUAACAAACACUGGUAAGAAAACGUUUCCAUUAAAAACAAAUCUCUGGAAUAGUUUGUCAUUGGCCUCUCAGGGUUUCCGUACACUUAUGUCUUCAUAUAAACUAGGAUAUUAUUUUAUAAUUUACACUCCUAGCUAAGCUACUGUGGAAUAUCAAUGGUGCUGUUGAACAUAUGAAUACAGUAUCCUCUCAAGCAUGGCCUUUAAAAUCCAGAUGUGCAAACGCAAACUGUUAAGAUUGAAAGUGUGUGUGUAUGUUUAAGUAUACUUACAUUGGGUCUGACAGUUAUUGAUCCACACUGUUAUGUCCUCUGCAUUUUCCUUCAUCUGCGUGUUCUACUCCUCCGUGUCAUAUUAAUCAUUUCUCAUCCUCAGAUCAGGAAGUACAUAAUCAGUUUUCAUGGCUGUUGAAAUUCUACAUUAAAUGUUCAUUAAUUAUUUCUGCUAAAGGAUCUGUUCUGUCAUGAGUUUGACUUUAAAAUGGAAACCAAUAACUUAAAACAAUUUGCAUUUGUUAUUUUUUUAAACGGACAGUUUGUACAUUUGUGAAUGAUUUUACCAGGGUUUUCAAAAAAACGGUUUAUAUUGUCAUGCUUAAAAGUUAUUAAAGGGAUGUUUGAAUAAAUAAAACUAAUAAUGAAGCCCAAUA